AGACAAUUAUGGUUGAAGUGUUAAACGAACUCAGAAAUACAAAACUCUUGAUCUGAUGGGAGCUCGUGUUUUGUGUGAGACGAUGGUAGAUACUCAUACGACAACAUCCAACCUCAAACACAUCUGAUCGCAGCCUCGUCGUUGUCGUCGUCGUCGUCGGAGCCAUGCCGGGUCCCGGUCCUCACCUGAUGUACGCCAUGGGUUCGGGUCUAGCUCUCACCACUCUCACCAACGGUAGGUUCAGCCCCCACCACACCCUCAUCUACACCAUCAACUCCUUCUUCGGCCCCGACAUCGGAUCCUUCACCGAAUGGCUCGCCUCCCUCGUCGGUGGCUUCGGCUCUGACUUCGGCUCCGAGCUCGCUGACGCCAUCCACCACCCUUUCUACUACGUCAUCAUUCUCGGCCUCCCUCUCUCUAUUCUCUACUCUUGGAUCUCCACAUUCUUCCUCCUCAAUCGCCUCCUCGAUUCCUUUCCUCCGGUGCCCUUAUCGAAGUUGCAGUGCAUCUUGUUGGUGUCAGCUGGUUCUUUCUCGCACUUUUUCCUAGAUCACUUGUUCGAGGAAAAUGGGCAUUCUGGUACAUAUAAAUGGAUUUUGAGCACUGGUUGGUGGGAGGGCCGUGCACCUAUUAAUCCAGAUGCUGUAGUUGUUAUUGGCAUUUUAUGCACGGCCUUAAUUGGUGGUUUUAUAUACAUCAACAGAGUUAAGCCUCCCAAGUCUGGUAAUAAACAAUCAUCAAUUGAAUCCUUGAAACUAAUCAUCAUUAUAGCGACCCUGUACUGCUUUUGGUGCGCAAGCCAAAUAUACUUGAUUGAUCCUCGUAGGCCAGCAGUUGGUGAAGAAGCUGAUCUUGGGGUUCUCGUGUUUCUAGCCACUUAUCUCUUUUUCCCUCAUUUUUUGUGUAUAUUGUCCAUGCACACAAGAGGUUAUGAUGGAUUGCAGCUUCCAAAAUAACAAUAUAGUCAUAUUGAUAAAGAGGACAUGCCACGCUUGCUUUCGAGUAAAACCAGAGUAGAUUUCCCAAGCAAUUGCCACAGCCCUGAGUUCUGUUAUGUUGUAGCUUGCUACUGUGAUUCAUCAGGUAUAUUUCAAGUUUUUAUCUUUUAUUUUUUGUCCUGAUAUAUAAUUUGUAAUUAUAGCUGUACUGAUAGCUGUACCUUGUAAUUCACUAUGAUGAAGCUUGAAUUUCUGCUGAUUUUCUUGUGGAAACCCUUCAUCUUGUAGUAUCUCAACAAAUGAUUACUACUUUUCGGA